AUGGGAGACUCAACUCGUAUUCUUCAAAGUCUUAAAAGUAAAUCCAUUGACAUUCGCCUUACAUCCCUAACGAAAUUAGUUGAGCAAAUCGAAGACACUCAAGAUAUUUCAGCAGAAUUAAUCUUAAUCUUAAUCUUAAUUACGGCGGUUAGAAUCCGCUUUGUUAACUCGGUUACCAAGGAUCCCUCCAGGGGAUUCAUCCGCUUUGCGGGGACGUCUACUUCCGAUCGCCGGAAAGGCGGGUUGCCUGGCCGUCCUCCUCCUCCUUGCCACUUCUAGGCGGCUCCAGUGUUGAGUGGGCAGACUAUGGGUUCCCGGGGCCUUGCUUCAGGCUCCGUCUACAAGGUUGCCUAUUCCGAAAAUUCGAAGCGCGAAUUUUCUGGUAAGGCUCUCGGCUAAGAUGGAAAUCCAAAGCCCGGGACGUAACGCCCGGUUUCACGCUAGGGAGUUGCCCGAUUGACCAAGUGGUGUCCUUGGCACUGCUGAGCUUCCCCUUUCCAACUUUGGUUCUCCACUUUCCUUGAGGCAAAAGACUUGGUUCCAGAAUGAGCUGCGGUCGACCUAAUUCGACAUUGCGCUCCACUACACCAAGCCAAAACCCAGCCGGAUACACUUUACCGAGCCUCUUUUCCCUCCACAAGGUCCCCGCCAGCCUGUGGGCGUGCGGCUACAGGUGUUGAGAAAAAGGGCUGGUCCGUCGACGCCAUUUUAAUAUGUAUUUCAGCAGAAUUAAUCACAGGCUUAAAAAAAGUUGUCACAUCUAGUGAUACAAUUGAAAAAGCGACAGGUCUUUCAACUCUCAUAAGUAUUUGUUCAGUCACUAACGAAACAAAUUUAAAUAAUUCCUCAUUAAAUUAUUUAUUAUUUUUAUAUAAGUAUUUUUAAAAAAUAUGCUGACCAUUUAAAUAAUCUUGCAUUUCAUUUCCUACAACUAGUUUCACUAAAAAACAUCCUCUCCAAAGAAGACGAAAUAAUUAAUCUAGCAAGUCAAGCUUUAGGUGAACUUGUAAGCUCUCCAUCUACAACCACUUUUGAGCUGGCUGAUGAAGAGUUUCGAUAUGCUCUUAACACUUUAAAAGUCGAUACAAGCAAAGAUGGUUUCCCUCGCUAUGCAGCUUGUUGCGAAAUUAAAGCAAUUGCCCAAAAAUUACCUAUGCUUUUUGCGGUUUAUUUGGGUGAAUUUUUAGGGUCUAUGUGGAAUGCAGUUAGAGAUCAAAAAGACUAUAUAAGAGAAAUCGGUGUCUUAACCUUUGCAUUGAGUCUAAAACAAAUAGAAUCUCGAGAAGAUUUAUUCGAAAAAGUUUUAGUUGAGUGCCUUAGAGGGAUAACUCCAGACAGCCCAGCAGCAACUGUUCAUGGCUCUAUUUUAACCCUUCAUCAAAUGGUCGAAAAAGCUGAAAAAUUAAUUUUCCCAAAAUUCCGAGAAGCCUGUGACGCAAUUAUAAAAAUAAGAGACCAUAAAAAUCUCAUUGUAAAGCAAGCUGUCAUUGAUAUAAUCCCAGUCCUCACAAAUUUUAUAUUGAAUCAUGCACAUAGCGAAAUGGAAUAUGCCUUGCUUUUUCUUGAGUAUAUUUUUAAAGCUGUAGGAAGUAUUGGAAAAGAAAACAAAGGAGAAGUGCUCAGCAUAUUGGGAAAAAUGACUAUGCUAUUAGGGAGAAAUAUUAUAGGAUCUAUGCAGCAGAUAGUAGGAUUAGUAAAUCAUGAACUUAAAAAAAAGCCAAUUUUGUCUGGAGUUUUUGAUAUAUUAAAAGGUGUAACUAAAACGCUAGGCCCAAAGCUUGUUGACCAUUUUGAGUUGAAUUUAUUAAUUUCUAAUGUUUUCAACAGCGAUGUCGAACUCAAUGUAAACUUGCUUGAUUUCUUAAGCGAAUUAGCCAUUGCUGUAUUAAAAUCCCCAGACCACAAAACUAAGACUAUUGUAUAUACGAUUUGUGAUAGGCUGUUAGGCAUGAUUUUUUCUAUAUUAAACCAAAGGGUAGAAAAAAAUUAUACGCUGCCUAGGAAUGAGAUGUCUUCUAUUACUUCUACCAAUUCUGAAUUUAAUUUUUCGGAAGCGUUUCUGACACCGAUACAGCAGCUAUUUGCUCCUGCGAACAGUAUUCAUAUGAAUAACAUCUGCUAUGAAUGUGAAGACCAUUAUAUAAGGGAAUUUUACCUAAAAAUUCAGUAUAUGCAUGUGUGGCCCACCAAAAAUCAAUUUUAGAUAUUUAUAUAAAAAAGACCAUAAAUCAAAAAUUUCUAUUGUUUUAGCUCUUUUUGCUUUAUCAAAUUUUGAUUUUCAUAAUACUUUUUCAUUGGGAUUCCUAGUACAAUCUUGUGUUUUACCUUACUUAGAAAGCCCAUGUACAAUUAUCAGGCAAUAUGCAGUCAUCACUACUUGUGCUCUUACAAAGUGCCCAAAAGCCAUUAACUUAGGUGGAGUCCUCCGUAAUGAGCUAUAUAAUACAGUAGAGCGCCUAUUAAAUGUAGCAUUGACAGAUCAAAGCGAUUUAGUCCGCUGCACACUUUUUAAGCACUUAAAAGAAGAUUUUUUCCAAUUUUUAGCAUUAGAAAGCAAUUUAUCAAAGCUAAUGAUUGCAGUGAAUGAUAAAAGUAUCCAAGUUAGGGUUGUCUGUGUAAAACUUCUAGGAAAGCUGGUGGGGUAUAAUAGUUCUUUUAUUUUACCUUGCUUAACACAGCUAUUAAGCCAAUAUUUAAACGAGCUGCAAGUAUCAGGAAGAAUGAAGCAGCAACAAGAUGCUGCUGUUUUGCUUAGAGCAUUGAUAAAAAAUACUCGUCAAUUGCUAUCACCAAAUCUAGCUAAUAUUAUCGACAUCUAUAUACAGAUCCUAAAAAAUUCCCAGCAUGCACCAUUAGUCUAUCAAGCUUUGCGUGGGAUUUCUGCUUGUGCAGAAGUCUGCAAACAGCAGCUCAGGCCAUUUUUCAAUGUAAUUUACCCUUGUUUAAUAGAUAAUAUUAAAGAUACCACAACAUUGAAAAGAAAAGGAGCCUUGGUUGCAAUUUCUGAUGUAGUCACAUAUUCUACAAGGGCAAUAGAGCCUUAUCUGAAAUUUGAGUCUUUAUUAGAUACUUUGCUUGAAGUCAUAAAAACUGAAGAAAGGAUAGAAAUCAGAAAACUCGCAGAAAAAGCUCUAGGCAAACUAGGAGCCCUUGACCCUGUGAAGUAUAAAGAGCUAGAAAAAAGGACACACUCUGGGCUAAAAUCACAUAAAAAUAACCCAGUAGAAAAGCACUUAAGAGAGCUCCAUCAGAAAUCAUUAGAAUUAACACCCUCACACAAUAUUUAUUACCCAUUAGUCGCCUUAAAAGCAUUAAUGAGCAUUCUCUACGGUAUAAGCUCUUUAAACCACGAGCAUAUAGAGCAAAUCUUGCAAGCAAGCUACAACAUUUUUAGAUGCUACACUAGACAAAUAAGUUCUUUAUUAGAAAAUAUCAUUCCUAUCUUAGUUCACGUUAGCAAACAAGUAGAAAGUCCUUCUAAAGAAAGAUUUAUCAGUACUUUUAGAAAAAUCACAUCAGUUGUAGGUGAUGACAUCAAUGAUUGUGUAUUAGAAAUAACCAAAGUAAUUGACUUAUCAGUCUCCUCUCCAAACCUUCUUCAUGAAAUGCUUGAAUUACUGAGAGAGCUUGCAAGCCAUUCUUGCUAUGAAACCAUGACUUCUUUUCCUUUGCUGCUUAACAACUGUAUCAAUAUUCUCAAUACUUCAGCAGAUGAGCAGCUUAUAGUGAAAACUCUUAGCUUUUUUGAAUGUCUUAGAGGGAAAAUCGACCAAUAUUUAUACAUAACAAUUCCUGCACUGUUAAAACUAGUUCAAGAUCACCCAAGUACGAAAAUAAGAAAACACGCCAUUAAAGUAAUUGCAGAACUAUGUGAUAAAGGGACUCACCCGCAUAUAGUAGACUAUAUUUCUUUUAUAAUUGACGGAUUAUUAAAUGUAGUUAGAACUGACAACAAUGAAGUCAUUCCUGAUAUUUUUGACGCUUUUACAGGUCUAGUUGCUUCUUUAGGAUCAUUAUUUGCAGUUUAUAUCCCUGCUGUACAAAGACUUAUGAUGAGCAAAAAAAUUUCCCACAAAAGGUACGAAAAUGCUGUUCAAGAUUUAAUAGCUGGAAGUGACCAAAUAGAAAAUCCUUUCAGAAGACCCCGCAUGUCACUUAUAUCAGAGCCUGAAAGAUCAUCAACUAUAAGUGAAGGCCGCGAAGCCCGUGCAACGACUACAUUUGGUCCUUAUAAGCAUGAAGUUAAUGUUUCUCAGCUUUUAAAUGUAUGUGAAACUUAUGAUCGCCACACAAAGGAAGAAUGAAAAGACUGGAUGAGGAGAUUUUCUAACGAAUUGUUAAAGCAAGCACCUGCACCUGCAUUAAGAGAGUGUCAGGUCAUUGAAGAGUACCCAAAUUCAUUGGAAUUGUUUAAUGCAGCUUUUGUGUCGUGCUGGAGUGAUUUAUAUGAUGAAGAUAAAAAUAUGAUGAUAAAAAACCUAGAAAAUGCUUUUGACUCACAGACAAUUCCGACUGAGGUUUUGCAGGUGUUGCUAAACUUGGCUGAGUUUAUGGAACAUGAUGAUCAUAAAUUAUUUGAUGCGAGAACGUUAGGAAAACUAGCUUAUAAGUGUAAAGCGUAUGCAAAAGCUUUGCAUUAUAAAGAAGUUGAAUUUUAUACGUCUGCACCACAUACAGAAAUUAUAGAAAAUUUGAUAGCGUUGAAUAACUUAUUGCAUCAGCAUGAAGCAGCAUAUGGUAUAAGAGUUUUUGCUAAUCCCCCCUUUAAAUUGGGACAAAAAAUCCUAUUCCGAAAUUUAAAGAUCAAAACUAAUUUUUUAUAAAUUAGUAUUGAUUGAUAAAAGUUUCCUAUUGAAAAAAACCAAUUAUUCAAAAUUUAAAAGGGGGGGGUAAGAGAAAAGGAUGGGAAAAUUUAAACCAAGCACUUUUCCAAGAAUUUCAUCGAUGGCAAGAUGCAGAAGAUUUGCAUGAAUUAAUUAACGAAAAAUUAAUUACAGAUCCAGACCAAGCAAAUUCUGAAGAAACUACAGUCAUUCGAAUGAAAUGCCUCAAAGCACUUUCUGAUUGGGGAAAACUAAUGUCUCUAGGAGAAAUCAAGUGAAAUUCUAUUGGAAACAAUGAAAGUUUCAAAAAAGAAGUAGCAAGCUAUGCAGCAGCUGCUGCUUGGAAUCUCGGCAAGUGGGAAGAGCUAGAAAAAUACACAAAGGAGAUGGACCAAAAUAUUUUUGAACAAAAUUUUUACCGUGCAAUAUUAUCAAUCCACGAUAACAAUUUAACUCAAAGCAAAAAAAUUCUUGAUAAAGCUUGGGACAUUGUUGAUGCAAAAUUGCCAGGGCUUUUAAGAGAAAGCUAUAUCAGAGCCUACCCAGUUGUCAUAGAAACCCAGCAGUUAUGUGAUCUAGAAGAAGUCAUUCACUAUAAAGGGUAUGAAGAAACUGCUGAAAAGCGUGAUGAAAUUCUGCAAUUAUGGAACUGCAGAUUAGCUGGCUGUCAGCCGUCUAUUGAUAUCUGGGAAAAAUUCUUCUCAUUCAGGCCUUUAUUAGUGUGCCCAGAAGAAGAUUUAGACACUUGGAUACAGUUCGCUGAAUUGUGUAUGAAAAAUGGCCAAAUGAGACUAGCUGGAGAUACACUAGAAACUUUACUGCUGAGAGCUGUUAGUGACCCAAGAGCUGGAAAUUCUAGUAAAAUUUAUUAUGAAAUCACAGGAAAUGAAGAAUUGCACCCAGCUUCAGUAUGCUUUGUAUAUCUAAAAUAUUUAUACUCACAAGGACCUAAGCAUAAGUCUCUGGAAUAUUUGCACAAAUUUGUAGAGGAGCAAGAAACCAUGAAAGCUAAUGGGACAGCUCUUUGCAAAUAUUAUUUACAGCUCGCAAAAUGGCAAAAAGAUUGCUAUGCAGAAGGAUUUUCUCAAGAAAACAUGGAUAAAGUACUGAGGAGUAUUAAAACAGCUACACAAUACGACAUGAAAUCUUACAAAGCAUGGCACAAAUGGGGAAUCAUGAACUUCUCAGUCUUAAGCCAUUUUGAAAGACCAUCGCGAGGAGAAGUCAUUAGUAAAGAGACAAUGGAUCCAUACAUAAACAGCGCUCUUGAAGGCUUUAUUCACUCUAUAGAAAUGGAAUACAGCUUAACAGCCAGUCACAAGUUAUUCUAUUUUAUUUAUUUUAACUUAUUUUUUAUUAUUAUAAACUGUUAUUUUUAAUUAAAAAAGUAAUAUAAAAAGGCAUGCAAAAUUUAUUGAGACUAAUUACACUUUGGUUUAAAUAUGGAAAUCAAGAAAAAGUUUCUGAAAAAUUAAAAUCAAGCUUUGAUUUAUUAAAUGUAGAAGUUUGGCUGCAAGUGAUUCCACAAAUUAUUGCAAGAGCUUCGACACCUGAUCCUGUGCUGAGAGGCUUAAUUGUAGAUUUGUUGAAAAAAAUAGCGAAAUAUCACCCUCAUGCUUUGCUAUAUGCCCUAACUAUGGCAAUAAGGACUACAAGCGAAGAGAGAAUUCAAGUGGCGAAUUUGGUAUUAAAUGUAAUGAGAGAGUAUCAUCAGACUAUUGUUGGAGAUAAAAAAUGUAAAAAAAAAAAAUAAUAAAAAAAUUAAAAAAUAUUUUUUUGGAAAAAUUUUUACUUUGGAGAUACCUUACUUGUGGCUGAUGAACUAAUCCGCUGCUCUGUCUUAUGGAAAGAAGCCUGGCACGAAGCUAUUUCUGAUGCAUCUCAACUCUAUUUCGGAAGCAAAGAUAUAAAUGGGAUGAUAUCUUUAUUAAAGCCUCUUCACGAAACUCUUAAUCAAGGCCCAAAAACUAUGAAUGAAGUCGGAUUCUACCAAGCAUUUUCUGCAGAUCUCUCUGAAGCUGAAUUCUGACUAACUCGUUACGAAGAAACCAAAAAAGAAAUAAAUCUACAGCAAGCCUGAAAUAUUUACUAUUCCGUCUAUUUGAAACUUCACCGUGUUAAUAUGAAAGAAGUUGAAAUAGAAAACGUCUCUCCACGCCUUUCUGAAGCUAGAAAUCUUAAUGCUGCUAUCCCGGGAAUUUAUAGAAGCGAUAAGCCAGUCAUAACUAUCCAGAAGUUUGAAAAAACCCUUACUCCCCUCCGUGAAGGAACAAAAAAAAUUUUUUCGCUCACGGAGGGGUGAACUUUUAAAAAAAUUAUGUCUGAAUUUUAUAGAAUUUUUUUUUCGAGAUUUAAAAAAUCCCAAUUCGAAAUAAUUAGAAUUUUAAAUAUUUAUUAAUUUGUAAAAUUCAUGUUUUAAAAUGCAAGCUGUUUAAAAUUAAACAGAAUAGCUAGAGAUUUCGUUAUAAUAAUUAUCACUUAUAUAUCAAAAUAUUUUCACAAAAAAUUUUAAUCACGGAGGGUGGUUUUUGGGCAAAAAAUAGAGAUUUUUUCAAUGGUUUUGUUCACUCACAGAGGGGGAGUUAGAGUUUUUCCUACAAAGCAGCAUCCCCGUAGACUAUCAAUGAUAGGAGGAAACGGCAAAGAGUAUCAAUUUCUGCUCAAAGGGCAUGAAGAUAUAAGACAGGAUGAAAGAGCCAUGCAGCUGUUUGGACUUGUCAACGAUUUACUGUCAGCAGAUAGAAGAACUAAUGGGAAAGAUUUAAUGAUUAGAAGAUACGCAGUUGUCCCAUUAAGCCCAACUUGCGGGCUUAUUGGAUGGGUACAUGGUUGUGACACCUUAAACCAAUUGAUCCAAGAUUACCGACAAAGAAAAAGAAUAGAAACCUAUGUAGAAAGAGACCUAAUCAAAGGAAUGUACACAAAAUACGAGCAAUUACCACUAAUCAAUAAAAUCGAAAUUUUCGAAUACGCCAUGUCACAAACGAAAGGAGAAGAUCUACAAAAAAUUUUAUGGUCAAAGUCACCUACAAGUGAAAUUUGGCUUGAAAGAAGGACAAAUUAUACAAGGUCUCUUGCCACUAUGUCAAUGGUAGGCUACAUUUUGGGUCUAGGUGACAGACAUCCUUCUAAUAUUAUGCUAGACAGGUAUACAGGCAAAAUCGUACACAUUGAUUUUGGAGACUGCUUUGAGGUUGCUAUGAAAAGAGAAAGGUGUCCUGAAUUGGUGCCAUUUAGGCUUACAAGAAUGCUUGUAAAUGCUAUGGAAAUUUCAGGAAUAGAAGGAAACUUUAUGCUUAAUUUCUAUGUAUAUUUUCCUAUAAAGAUUGUUAAUUUUUCAUAUAAAUUCAUGAAUAAAAGGCAUAGAAAUACUUGUGAGCAAGUUAUGACGGUUUUAAGGCAAAAUAGAGACUCUCUUAUGGCUAUGCUUGAAGUCUUCUUAUAUGAGCCAUUAGUUAGCUGGCGAAUUAUUGCCCAAGAGAAAGCCAGGCCUAGCCAUGCUGAAGAAGGAGACGUAGUCAACGCUUCGAUGCCUGAUGAAAAAGACUUACAAAGAAACAUCAGCGGAGAGCUAGAAAUGACUGAUUUAUUGAACGAAAAAGCAAUAGAAGUCAUAGACAGGGUUUUAGAAAAAUUAACAGGGAAUGACUUUUCUGACUCAAAAGAACUGUCAAUUCAGGACCAAGUCGACAGGCUCAUAAAAGAAGCAAGAUCCAUUAAGAAUUUAUCACAAAGUUAUAUAGGAUGGUGCCCAUUCUGGUAA